CCCCUUCUUCUCUUUGCUUUCUUCUGUACACAAACAAAGUUCUCUCUCUCAUAUCUCAUGACCCUUUAGGUUAACGCGUUUUCAUCAAACCUCUGGUUUCUGUGUCACCAUUGGAGCUCGAGUUUUCAUCAAAGUCUUGGACUUUCUGUUCAAGAUCAAAGCCUUGUUUAUGCUUUGGGUUAUAAACUAAAAAAAGGUGGCACAGAGAAAACACUUGGAAGCUUAGAAGAAGAAAGCUUUUAGAGUUUUUCAAGUUGUUGUUGGUUAUUUUGGUUGUUUUCUAGCAAAUGCUAAGUCUCUUCUCUCUGAAUGGAAUACUCUAGAGACUCUGCAGGGAUGAUGAUGGAGAAUAAGCGCAGUGUCUGCUCUCUUGAAGAAAACAGCAUUAAACGACACAAGUCUGAUCUCUCUUUCUCUUCCAAGGAGAGGAAAGAUAAGGUGGGAGAACGUAUCUCAGCUCUUCAACAGCUAGUUUCCCCUUAUGGAAAGACCGACACAGCAUCAGUUCUUCUAGAGGCGAUGCAAUACAUUCAGUUUCUUCAAGAACAAGUCAAGGUUCUAAGCGCUCCAUAUCUUCAAACAACCUCCAUCACAACAAACGACGAGGAGCUGGAGGAGUACAGUUUCAGAAGCAGAGGGUUAUGUCUUGUCCCAAUGGAGUACACAGUAGGUGUUGCUCAAACAAAUGGUGCUGAUAUUUGGGCUCCUGUAAAGUCUCCAACUUUCAAUCACCAAUCUAAUUCUUCCAUCUGAUGAUCUGUCUGUCUCAAGACUAAAUGAAAGAUAACAAAGAAAAAUGUUUAGUAGUCUGAUGGUGAUGUCUAUGUAACAUAUGUAAAUUGAUGCAGACCCAUGAAGUUGGCACAUAGUCAGUGAUGUCUGUUUCUGUUAUUCAUACUGCUGCUUACUCUGUGGUGGCUUCAUUUCACAUUACUUGAAUUUGUAUAAGUUGUCUACAUUGAUAGUGAUUUUGACUCUAAUUAAAAGUGUAAGUUCCAUA